GCAAAAGUUACUUGAUUAGAUAACUGAUAAAACGCAUUUUGAAAUAUGAAUAUUGAAACAUUUAAUGAAAUAAAAGAAGAUAAAGCUGAAGAUUUUAAUGAAGCAAAAAGACUAGCAGUUCAACUUCCUAAAGGAUUAGAAAUAAAAAAAAGUCUUAUUCCCAAUGCCGGUUUUGGUGUAUUUGCUAAAGAAACAUUUUAUGUAGGAGGAAAGUUUGGACCAUACAAAGGAAGAAAAGUUCCUCUAGAUUCAUCUUUGGAGGGUGUCGAUACUCGUUACAUGUGGGAAGUAAUCAAGGAAGGAAAUGUUUUGCAUUGUGUUGAUGGAAAAGAUGAGCAUCUUAGCAAUUGGAUGAGAUAUAUAAACUGUGCGCGUAUUGAAAAAGAACAAAAUCUUAAAUCUAUUCAGUACCACGGGGAAAUUUACUACUAUGUUUACAAACAAAUUGAUAUUGGGGCAGAGUUGCUUGUUUGGUAUGGAGAUCAGUAUGCAAAAGAUCUUGGUAUAGAAUCUGAUUUAAAUCAAAACAAUUAUUUGUGCCAGCAUUGUGGCUUAUGUUUUACCACUGACGAAUAUUUAAACGCACACUCUCGAUAUUGCAUAAAAGAUCAAAAAAAUGAUAGUUCAGAGAGUUCAAGUGGUGAUGAAACAAAUAAAUUAAACCUAGAUACAGAUUUAUCUAAUUUCAAUGAUAACGAGGAUGAAUAUUCAAGCGAUACUUCUGUGACAUUUAAAUGUAAACACUGUGCUUACGAAUGUGCACAAAAAAAAUUUUUGCAUUUACAUGAACUUACACACACCAAGGAGAAACCGUUUAAAUGUACUCAUUGUGAUUAUAAAUGUGCAUGGAAGGCACAUUUGAUAUUGCAUGAACGAACUCAUACUGGAGAAAAACCAUUUAAAUGUAGUUAUUGUAAUAACGAAUUUUUAAGCAAAUAUCGUUUAACAUGUCAUGAACGAACGCACACUGGCGAAAAACGAUUUAGAUGUUCUUAUUGUGAUUAUGCAUGUGCGCGAAAAGAAAGGUUAAAGUUGCACGAACGAACUCACACUGGAGAGAAACCAUUCAAAUGUAAAAGUUGCGGUUAUCAAUGUGCAAGCAAAUGUAGUUUAACUUCUCACGAACAGACUCACAUUGGUAUAAAAUCGUUUAAAUGUACUUAUUGUGAAUAUAAAUGUGUACGAAAAAGUAAUUUGAAAUUGCACGAAAAGACUCAUACUUCGAGGGAACAAUUGAAAUGUAAUUACUGCAAUUUUGAGUGUACACGAAAGACAUAUUUAAAACUGCAUAAGCUAACUCAUACUGGUAACAAUGCAAUUAAAUGUUCUUUUUGUGAUUACAAACAUACAAAUAAAAAUACUUUAAUGCUACAUGAGCGAAAACACACUGGAGAGAAACCAUUUGAAUGUACUUUUUGCGAUUAUAAAAGUGCACGAAAAACGCAUUUAACUCGUCAUGUACGAACACACACGGGUGAGAAGCCUUUUAAAUGUGCGCACUGCGAUUAUAAAUGCAUCGAGAAAACGAGGCUAAAGUUGCAUGAAGCAACUCAUUCCGUUGAAGAACUCCAAAAAUGUACUUGAUGCGAUUCUGAAUUAGUAAAGAUAAUACGAAUAACAGUGAGUAAGCGAAUAUUGCCAAAGGCGCUUGCUGGUUUUACGGUUACUGCUAUGACUACAAAAAAGAGUAGUUUUAUUUAAAAAAAUAUUUGUAAGUUUUAUAUUUGCGAUUGAUUUAAAUAACGUUU